AAUAACCUAUUUGAAUUGUGGUGGUAGGGAUAAGUAUGAAAAAUUUUUGUAAUCAAGUCGUAUUUUGUAUAAUAAUAAUUUGAGCUGAUAACACGAGUUAUAAAAAUAGACGAGACUUUGUAUAAAAGUAAAAACCGGCUGUUUUUCUCGCAGUUUACUUGAUGUAGUAGCGGCAAUGGGUCGUUUAACUGAGUGUUUUAUUUUCGUUCAAAUAUUUACUUCUUGUUAUUGUUUUCUACACAAUUACCCUAAAAUAUCGUAUGGGAUCGAUGAUGGCGGGGACACUGGUGAAGCUCUGUUCCUCACGCCAUACAUUGAGAGCGGUAACGUGAGUGAGGGGCGGCGACUCGCUCGUGUUCCCUUCACAGAAAGCCUCCGAAUCAAAAGUUUUGCCGGCUAUUUCACCGUUAACAAGACCUACAACUCCAAUCAAUUCUUUUGGUAUUUCCCCGCCAUGGCGCCAAACAGCCAAUUAGCACCAGUUGUAUUGUGGUUACAAGGAGGACCCGGCGCGACAUCGCUUUAUGGUCUUUUCACUGAAAAUGGGCCACUCAGAGUUCGCAACAAGAAAUUGGAGAGACGCAAGUACAACUGGGCACUGAAUCACCAUCUCAUUUACAUAGACAACCCUGUAGGAACGGGAUUCAGUUUCACGAAAGAUCCAAAGGGUUACUGCACGGAUCAAGUUCAAGUUGGAGAAGAACUGUACUCCAGUGUGGUGCAGUUCCUGCAGCUGUUCCCGGAGUUGCAAUCUAACAAGUUCUUUGUGACCGGAGAAUCUUAUGCGGGAAAAUACGUCCCGGCAUUGGCUUACACCAUCCACAAAAAAAAUCCUGAUGCAAAAAUAAAAGUGAAUUUGAAGGGGAUAAGUAUUGGGAAUGGACUAAGUGAUCCGGAACACCAGAUGGUGUAUGGGAAGUAUCUCAACCAGAUAGGACUCCUUGACUUCAAUCAGGAGAAGGUUUUUGAAGAAUAUCAAGACAAAACUGUUGAUUACAUCCGAAAAGGGAAGUGGGACAAUGCGUUUGACACUUUUGACACACUGUUGAAUGGAGAUCUGAUAGAUGGCAAGAGUGUCUUCUACAACAUGACAGGCUUCACUUUGUAUUUCAAUUAUUUGCACACCAAGGAUUACACUCAAUAUGAAGACUUCGGCACAUUUAUCCAAGCAAGUGCUACGCGAAAACAAAUUCACGUGGGAAAUUAUCCUUUCAAUAAUGGAACUAUUGUGGAACAGCAUUUGAAACAGGACGUUAUGAAAUCCGUAGCUCCUUGGAUUUCCGAACUACUGGAUCACUACUAUGUUGUAAUUUACAACGGCCAGUUAGAUAUAAUAGUGGCGUAUCCUUUGACGGUCAAUUAUUUGAGGAAUUUAAAUUUCACUGGAGCUGAUGAGUAUAAGACUGCAAAAAGAUAUAUUUGGAAGGUGGACGGAGAGGUUGCGGGCUAUGUCAAGCAGGCGGGCAAGCUCGUGGAGAUCAUGGUGAGGAAUGCGGGCCACAUGGUUCCUGGAGACCAGCCAAAGUGGGCUUUAGAUUUGAUCACAAGGUUCACCCAUGAAAAGACAUUCACAAGAGACAUAUUGAGGCAUCCUCAUUUUUCAAAUAAAUAUAACAGUAGGUUAUAAACAUUAUUCUCUUUAUUGUUUCCAAGUAAAUACCUAUGUUGUUAUCAUAGUUAUGUUUAAAAUUUAUAAAUCUAAAAUAUGCAAAUACAUAACAUGCUAUUUGUUUUAAAUUGUUCUAGUAUAAUUUAAUAGCUAGAUAUUCUUUGGUACGUAUGUAAUUGUUUGUUUUCAUUGAUUAUUUCUUUGUUAAAUACCUUUGUGAUUGAUAUCAAAUUGUUAAAUUUCUGAGAACACAGAAUAAGGAUUUAUUUUGUAUGUUUAUUGCUUUGGUUAUUGUAAUUCGAUCUGUAGUACUUAGAAUGUAAGCGUGUUGAUUGUUGUAAGGUGAAGAUUAUUAUUACUCGAAUAAAUGUUUCUAUUUUUUUAUGUA